GCCGAUUGGAUCCCUGACUGUGACACCAAACUCUUUGAGGAGUUCACCAGGGAGGCACUUGAACUGCUCUCCUUCCAACCAGAGGAUGAGUUGCUGCUGGCACCCUUGAGAGAGGACUUCGAUGCUGAACUGGUCCCUUUCUUUGACAAGGCCAUUGACUGGCGCUUGCUCGAAGCGGUGCGGGCAUGUCGGUGGCCACAGCCUCGCAAGUUGGGGAAGAUUUGUGUGGCAGAAGGAAUAGGGGAGACGCGACAAAGAUCUUGUUAUCCUUUCUGUUGGCCUUCUGUUGGAUUCUUCAGUCUCUCGAGCGAUCGCUUGAUGGAGGGCUUUUCGCAUUUGCCAGAGAUCCGCACGGCAAAGCCGCAUUUGCCGCAAGUUGAUGUCGAAGGAGAACCUGACGAACCUCCACCGCCACUUCCGUUUCCUGUACAGGGACACUGGGAAGGAGAGAAUUCCUCGGAGUGCCGAGGGUCGAAAAGGUCAAAAUUUAAGUCUCUUAUGGACGCGCUGCUGCAAGAACACUUCAACGAGGUGAAUGUCCUGCAAAAAAGCGUUGAUGCUUUGCAAAAGGGACUAAGAGAGAUGGAAGGUGAGGUGGUGCACUUGCGUUCGCAGAAUGAUAUGAUUAAGCUCCAGGUGAACGUGAACGAGGCUGAAAGAAAACCAAAGCUCUCGGAUUGUAGUUACAGCGAGAUCAGGCGAGAGCAGCACAAGGCGAUGAAAGAGUUUCAUGCAAGUUCCAUCCUGGAGGUAAUCGAGAAGGAAGACGAAGCAACAAAAAUAGAGAAUCGGUUUCAGACCGAUAUCCAGAAAUUUCUCAAAGCGAAGACCCAGUAUGUUACAAGCGCCAGUGCGGAGUUCGAGAAUGGCGAGAUGCCAUUGGGGAGAAGACAGAGAUUUUCACUCUGGCUGCAAUCAAACCAAUACGAAAUCCUGAUCGCGUUUGUUCUUUGCAUCAACGUUCUAUGGAUGGCCCUUGAACUCCAAGUUUCUGGACAAGAGGUAGGUGCGGAGAUUGGUGUCUACAGGAACAAUGUGCAGAAUGAAAUGGAUUCCUGGUACAAGGCUUUUGUGGCUGGCGAUAUGGUCUUCACAGCCUUCUUUUGCAUGGAUGUCAUUGUGCGAAUUUUGGUGAUUAGGUGGGAUUUCUUUAAGAUCUGGAUGAAUUACUUGGAUGUGGCUGUGAGUGUGGCUUCUUUGUUGGAAAUUGCCGUCUUCUACACAUUGACUUUGCCAAUCCAUCCAAUGCUUUUCCGACUCUUGCGAAUCGGAAAAUUGAUCCGCGCGGUUCGAAUGGUCCACAUGACCAGCAUGCUAGCGUCGCUACAACUCUUGGUCAAGUGCAUCUCUGCGAGCAUAAACAUGCUCUUUUGGAGCUUUUGCCUGUUGGCCUUCUUCCAAUGUGUGGCAGGGCUGAUCAUCAGCACCUUGUGUCAUGAUUUCAUUCGAGAUCCUGACCAAGAUCCCCAGACGAAGGUGGACGUGUUCCUGUACUUUGGGACGUUUACGAGAACUUUCCUCACCAUGUUCGAAAUCUUGUUUGCGAACUGGGGGCCUUCGUGCCGCAUUCUGGUGGAAUCGAUCAGUGAAUGGUUUAGCCUGUUCUUCCUUGUGUACAGAUGUAUUCUUGGCUUUGCGGUUCUGAACGUGGUGAAUGCCGUUUUCGUCCAGCAGACGAUGAAGACGGCCAGUUCCGACGAAGAAUUAGCUUUCAAGCAGAAAGAGAAGGACAUUGCGCAGUACAUGCGGAAGGUGAAACGACUCUUUCAAACGAUGGAUGCAUCGGGUGACGGAUCGAUCAACCUCGAUGAAUUUUCAAAGCUUGUGAAAUCGCCCAAAUUGAAGUUUUGGAUGAGCCAAUUGGAGCUGGAAUACCACGACUUGCUGAGUUUGUUUGAGUUUUUGGAUAAUGGAGAUGGUGAAAUCACGCUCAUGGAGUUUGUGGAGGGGGCUGCGCGAUUGAGGGGUAGCGCAAAGGCUUUGGAUAUUUGGCGCUUGGAGACCAAGCUGGAGGUGCUUUUCGAAGAAGUCUUCAAGGCACUGUUGCUGGGGACCUCCACCCCAGGAGUGGUAAGUCCGAUGGCGUCGCAAAGCGUGCAGGACAUCUUUGACAAUUCCCCGUACAAGCACAUCAAGGCGGCGACAUCCCCCAGAAGCAAUCGUAGAUGA